UGACAGCUGGUUGCUGUCUGUUUUAGCAGUUGGCAAGAAUAUUAUCUACUAAACAUAAAAAAUUCGUAAUAUCAACUUUUAAGGCAUUUUAAAGUUUAUAAUUUAUUGCACACUUCAAAGAUAAGGUGCAUUAUCAAAACUUUCAGGCGUUUCCCAUAAGCUCAAAGUUUUGUUUUCUCCAUUGUUUGUCCUACAAGGAAAAAGAAAAAAUUGUGGUUACAUAAAAAGGGAAUGGAAUAGCAAACAAAACAACAACAUCCCGUCGUCCCUCGCAAUUUUUGUUAUGUUAUUAACCGUGGAAACCGCAUUUAGCGGCGGUAAAAGUGUCUGAGAAUAAAUCACCACCCAUACAAAUCAAACUUCUAGAAACAAGACACAGUCAAAAAGGGCAGCGUGCGGGCGGCAGUUUUUCGUAGUAGAGGGUGACGAAGAUUUUAUUAAAUCAUCCUGCGGUCAUUAUCUGCGAAGACUAUUUUCUGACUACUGGAGUUGAGGUUUUUGUUUGUGGUUGGCAGUUGUUAAGCGGUCUGAGUGGUCAUCAGCAUGUCCGUGCGUCUUUUGACCUCGCGACUUUUUAAACAUGGUCGUUUUUUACUCCAAAGCUAUUGGAAAAGAGAUAUACACACCAACAUUUUGGAACAAAAUCAAAAUCGUACACGUCAACAGCGUAUACCGCCCCUAACAUCCUCGGCAGGGAAGAACUCUGCAGCCCGCAAUGCCUUAAAUGCUGUAGCUGGGGCUACCCGUUCGGGUACGGCUACCGGCCAGUUAGCUGCCAGUGUACCCCAUUCGGCUGGUAUCUUUCGUUUUGGCCAGCAGGCUCGUAAGCUAUUCAUUGACAAUAUCUUAAAUCGUGUCACAACAACUUAUUCAGCCGAAUUGCGUACCCAGGCAACUAAAAAACUUUUCUAUGGCGACUCAGCGCCUUUCUUUGCCCUUAUUGGUGUUAGUUUGGCCUCGGGGGCUGGCGUUUUAACCAAAGAGGACGAAUUGGAGGGAGUAUGCUGGGAAAUUCGUGAGGCAGCAAAUCGCUUACAAAAUUCCUGGAACUAUGACGAAGUCUCCGAUACUUUGGAUACUUCAUUUAGCAUUGAUAAGCUAUCCAUUGGUCCUGCCAUUGCCAAGGGAUGUGCCGCUGUCGUGUAUGCUGCUGCCUUUAAAGACAAUUCCACCUUGGAUGUGCCAGUUAAUAAAUCGGACUUGGCUUCGCCACCACCUACGGAGCCUAAUUCUCCUGUCACACGUCAUUCUUCAUUGCAACAACAAUCUUUCCGUCCAGAAUUUAUGACACCUUUACAGAAUAUAUCCAGAUUUGUACACAAUUUUGGGGGUUCUGUGGAUAAUCUUCAAUUGUUUAGUCAAACUUCAGCAGCAACCCAAUUUCAGGAUGCCUUGGAUGCCGAACAUUUGCAGGAAGAGAGGGGACAACAACAGCAGGAUACUAAUAUUGCGGACAAAUCCAAGGAGGUAUUUUCAGGAGUAAGCAGUGGCACCAUGGGAUUGCAAACCAUGGAUACUCCCACUCAAGUCAACAUUCAUCGUUACCCAUUGGCCCUGAAAAUGAUGUUUAAUUAUGACAUUCAAAGUAAUGCCUUGGCUAUUCUAAGAGCCAUGUAUAAGGAAACCGUUCCAGCACGUCAACGCUAUGUAAAUGAAGCUGCCGAAGCCUGGGAACAACACAUACAAGAUCAAACCUUGACAGUGCCUCCUCAUCCCAAUAUCGUAUGCAUGUAUGGCUUCUUUUGUGAUGAAGUGGGCAACUUCCCCGAUGGCCACCUUCUAUACCCAAUUGCCCAGCCCCAACGUAUUAAUCCCAAUGGUUAUGGUCGUAAUAUGUCCUUGUAUUUGUUAAUGAAGCGUUACGAUUAUAGUUUGAGAUCCUAUUUGGAUUCGCAUCAAUUGAGCACCAGAUCAAAAUUGUUACUAUUGACCCAGUUGUUGGAAGCCGUGGCCCAUAUUAGUCGCCAUGGCAUUGCCCAUAGAGAUAUCAAAUCGGAUAAUAUUUUAAUUGAAUUAAAUGAUGACAAUUCUACACCUGUUUUGGUUUUAUCCGAUUUUGGCUGUUGUUUGGCAGAUCGUGUACAUGGUUUGCAAGUGCCUUAUACCUCAUUCGAUAUUGAUAAGGGAGGUAAUGCAGCCCUUAUGGCUCCCGAGAUUAUUAAUAAACAACCUGGUCCAUUUGCGGUUUUGAACUAUUCCAAAGCAGAUCUGUGGGCUUGUGGAGCCAUAGCUUAUGAGAUAUUUGGUAUGCGCAAUCCCUUUUAUUCUUCCAGUGGUGGUAUGGCCAUAGCCAAGGGAGAGCAAACAUAUUCUUUGCGCAACUCCGAUUACAAAGACGAUGAUUUGCCACAGUUGUCCGAUGAAUGUCCUACGCUGGUGCAGCAAUUGAUUUAUAAUAUAUUAUCGCCCAAUCCUUCGAAACGUGUUAGUCCUGACAUAGCAGCUAAUGUAAUGCAAUUGUAUUUGUGGGCUCCCUCGCAGUGGUUGAAAGUUGGUGGUAUGCCCAAUAGUCCAGAAAUUUUACAAUGGCUACUAUCCCUAACCACCAAGAUUAUGUGUGAAGCCAAAUCAGCCACCGAUGCCUCAGCUUCCUCCUUUAACAAUUAUCAACAAACUGGACGUCGUACUUAUGUGGAAUAUCUAUUGAUUUGCAGUUUCCUGGCUCGUGCCCGGCUACGUCGCAUUCGUGGCGCCUUAAAUUGGAUUCAAAGUGCAGUGUAAUAACGAAAACGAACGAAACGAUUGUAUCUCUACCCUCAACUACUACUUCUUAUUGUGUAAUUUCUGAAUCUGAAAAAGUCUGGAAAUCGUUUGAAAAUACGGCAGAAACAUUUGUGUGAUAUAUUUUACAUUAAGAUUGCAAAAGAGCAACAAAAAAAAAGCAACUGAAAAAGGGGAAAAUCUUGUACGUCGUCACCUAUAUGUUUUGUAAUUACUUUUCUAUUACAAUGAACUUAUUUUAUACUACACUAUCUCUUACCUAUGGUCGCUCGGUUGGACACAUUUGAAAGCAAAUAAUUUUUUAUCUCUUAUAUGUUAGAAGAGAACAAAGUGUAACCCUGUUAAAAUAGCUGCUUAAGCAGCAGCUUCUACUAAUUGUAUUAAUUUUCUAGUUUAUAUAAUGAUUACCGCUUAAGAAAAAGACGCUUCACAUCCUAGAAUCGUCCCAUAGUAUGUGAGGAAAUAAAAUACAAGAAGCAUUGCAAACAUGUUAGCGCAACGUCAUAAUAUUUAAAGUGCUAAAGUUAUUUCGAAAAGAAAAUGAAAUAAAAAUGAUGUAUAACAAUGAAAAGAUUAAA